AUGGUUCAACUCAAGAGUAAAGUCGCCCUUGUGACAGGUGCCAACGGUCUCAGUGGCAAUGCCAUCAUCGAGCAUCUCAUCCGCACACCAAAAGAAGAAUUUUCCAAGAUUAUAACUACUUCCCGCUCCCCUCUGGGUUUCUCCUGGCAAGACUGGCGUGUCGAGUUUGUCGCCAUCGACUUCCUCGACCCCGUUGAAAAGAUCAAAGCUAUCAUGAAAGAGCACGGUUGUGAAGACGUAACCCAUGCCUACUUCACGAGUUAUGUGCACAAGGACGACUUCUCCGACCUCAAAGACACCAACAUUCCCUUGUUCAAGAACUUUGUCGACUCCAUUAACGAAGUUGCUGGCAAGAACCUCCAGCGUAUGAGUCUCCAAACCGGCGGAAAAUACUACGGCAUCCACAAAAUCAAUCCACCCAUCUGCCCCUGCCCGGAAGACCUACCCCGCGUUCAGGACGAACAUCAGUUCUACUACGAGCAGGAGGACUACAUCCAGACGCAAGCCGCCCAGAAUGGCUGGAGCUGGACCAUCAUUCGGCCCGACGGGAUUAUCGGGUAUGCGCCGGGCAAAAGCGGCAUGUCAAUCGCCUUGUCAGUCGCCCUCUACCUCAUCACCUGCAAGCAAACGGGCGAGAAGGCCAAGUUUGGCGGCAACAAGUUCUUCUGGAAUUGUCCCGAGAACCAGUCGUAUGCACCCAGCAUUGCUGACCUUACCGUCUGGGCAAUGACGCAAGAGCACACCAAGAACGAGGCUUUCAACCAUGGAAACGGCGACGUGGUCCUCUGGAAGACACUACUGCACCGCCUCGGCGUGCUCUACGGCGUCGAAAUCGACUCGGAGGUCUCGGCCAGCGGCUCGGAAGUCAAGGAGGCUUCGUACUCGGCGUCGAACUCGUUCAGCUUUGCCGGGUGGGCGGCCGACAAGCGCCCUGUGUGGGAGACUCUUACCGAGAAGUAUGGCGGCAAGAAGGAGGCGUUUGACUGGGCUACGUGGUGGUUCCUCGACUGGGCUGUGGGCAAGGCGUGGCCGACGAUGGUCAGCACCAACAAGGCGAGGGCGUAUGGGUGGACAAGGUUCGAUGAUUCGAUCAAGGCGUUUAUGGAGACGAUCAGGGCGUAUGAGAACGGUGGCGUGUUGCCGAGCGUCAGGGAUCUGAGGAAGGGGGAGAAAGGAAACGUGAGGGGAGGACUACCCGAGGUGUAUGAGCAAGGGUGGGAUGGUACGUAUACAGGUCCCAAGGGGCAGUAG